ACCUGCUGCGCCUGCGCCUCAGAUACGUGUACCGUAGUGCUAGGCCAAGCUUUUCGGAAAAUUAUGGCUCAGUUUAACGAUGUGUUCGUAUUUUUCGUAGCUUCACUUCAUGUUGCUGUGACGCUCAUGAUAUUCACAGAAGUAGAUAAAACGCAACCAUUGCCGUAUAUGGAUGAAAUUUUCCACAUUCCACAAGCUCAGAGGUAUUGCAAUGGAUCAUUUGGAGAGUGGGACUCUAAAAUAACCACUUUGCCAGGACUCUAUCUUUCAUCUGUGGGCCUUUUGAAACCCGUUGCAGCUCUUCUUGAGUCUCCUAUGAUAGACAUCUGUACUGUGACUGUUCUUAGAUCCCUCAAUGUCCUGUUUGCAGUUGGAUGUCUAUUUGUUAUCUACCAUGUACUACGGGCCAUCCACCAACCUAAAAAUCGUACUGAUGAGGUGAAAAUCAUUUUAACUGCUGUGGUGCUGGCAUCAUUUCCUCUUCUAUACUUUUUCAUCUUCCUGUACUAUACUGACGUUGGCUCUACUUUCUUCAUUCUUCUUGCGUACUUCUUCUGUAUCCGUGGCAACCACUUAAUGGCAUCUAUCUUAGCUGUUGAUGCCUUUUUCUUCCGGCAGACAAAUAUUGUAUGGGUUGUGUUCAUGGCAGGUACAUCCGUAGCACAACUCAUGAAUCAGAAUGCCAAACAGAAGCCUCCUCAAAGUGAGACUGUCUUGGAUGCCCUUGUUACUGCUGUUCAAAGAGGGCUUAUCUUCAUAGGAUCAAUGACAAACAUCUUCAAAUUGGCAGCACUCAUAUGGCCAUAUAUGUUUGUCACCAUUGGCUUUGUGGCCUUUGUUUAUAUCAAUAAGGGAAUUGUUGUUGGGGAUCGAAGUAACCAUCAAGCAACCUUGAACUUUCCACAACUCUUUUAUUUUGCAACUUUCACAGCUGGAUUUUCCUUGCCAUUUUCAGUUUCUAUUAGCAAAGCUUGGAGGUUCCUCCAAAGUCUAGUCUACCAUCCUAUCACAUACCUCAGCAUCAUUGCUGCAAUGUCUCUAGCCAUUUACCAUUGCACCUUUGUGCAUCCCUUUCUUCUUGCGGACAAUCGUCACAUUGUAUUUUACAUCUGGCAACGUGUGUUUAUGAGGCAUGAGUAUGUAAAAUUAAUUCUUAUUCCUGGCUACAUCUUUGCUGGUUGGUCCAUCCGUGAUUCGCUCUGCCACAAGAGUGAACUCUGGCAGCUUGUCUUCUUCAUUUGUCUCCUUGCAGCUACCAUACCUCAACAGCUUCUUGAAUUUAGAUAUUUCAUCAUACCAUACUUAAUAUAUAGGUUAAACAUGAAUAUUGGGUCAUAUCUUCAUAUUAUCACUGAAUUUAUCCUGUACAGUUUAGUCAAUAUUGGCAUGUUGUAUCUCUUUCUCCAUCGGCCAUUUUACUGGCCAAACAGCCCAGAAGAGCAACGAUUUAUUUGGUAGUUCUCUUGUAAUUGAUUAAGAUGUACAUUAGAAAUUACUAAGUAGAUGUUAAUGUUGGAAGUUGAUUAUUUUAGCUUUCUUAUAUGAAAAAGGGUAGUGUAUAUAUAUAUAUAUAUGUUAUAUGUGAGAAAUCAUACAUGCACAACAGCUUUGGCAACUCUUUUAUUGAAAUAUUUGUGAAAGGAAUGGAUGAAGAGAACAGGUGGUACAUUGUAGGUGUAGCUUAAAUCAAGGUUCCCCAGAGCGAUCUGCCCGACAGAGACUUUUUUUUCAGCAUCACCAAUUUUUCCAAAGGACAGAUACCUCGGGGGAACCUUGAUUUAAGCUAUGCCUACCAUUAUUCUCUUCAUCCAUUCCUUUCACAAAAUAUCUAAAUAAAAGAGUUGCCAAAGCUGUUGUACAUGUAUAAUUUCACACACUUAUAUAUUUAUAUUCAGUACAGUUGAGGCCAUAAGUUUACAUACACCCAUGGAAUAGUGAAAUUUGUUCGCUUGCUAAACAUCAUAAAAUUUACUGUAUAAAUAUUUGUGCUGUCAUGACGAAUUUGAUAUCAAACAAGUGAGUAUGUCAUGCCCUUUCAUCACAUUGCUAUGUCAUCAG